CUUGAAAGUAUUCAUAGUAAUGAAUUUAUACAUCGAGAUUUCCAUACCGGAAAUAUAUUACUAGAAAAUUUAAGAUUUUCAUUAUGGAAAAUUGGGGAUCUAGGAUUAUCACAAGCUGUAAAUGAUAGAUCAUCAAAUAAUGAAAUAUAUGGAGUUAUACCUUAUAUUGCACCAGAAAUAUUUAAAAAGUCUGCAUUUUCAAAAGAAGCUGAUAUUUAUAGUUUGGGUAUGAUUAUGUGGGAGCUUACAACAGGUUGUAAACCUUUUGCAAAUGCUAAACACGAUCAUAAUCUUAUUUAUAAAAUUCUUGAUGGAGAACGACCCAAAAUUACGGAAGACACACCAGAAAGUUAUGCCAAUUUUAUGAAACGUUGUUGGGAUCCCGAUCCAAAAAAAAGACCGUCUUUAAAAGACAUGAUUAAAAGUUAUAAUUAUGAUUUAGAGUUCAAAUCAGAAUUUGAACAAGCUGAAGUAAAAAGAGAGAAACUGAUAGAAACAAAGAUGAUUGGUCCUGAAUUUGCUGAAAAAUGUCACUCGGAAGCUAUUUAUAUAAGUAGGCCAUUAAGUGCUUUAAUUUCUAAAUGUUCAUCUACCUAUUCAUAUUUAUUUGGUAAGAUACAGUAUUAUGAAAAGAGUUUAAAAAUAUUAUAUAUAUGA